CAAAACCUCGACUAAUUAAGCUUUAGCCAGCCUGAAAAUUAGCUAGAUUUUGCAAAUCAGUAACACGCCAAGAACAGCUAGCCUAGCCAUGGCGGAGAAGGAGGGCGCCGUGGUGAAGAAGGGCCACGACGAGGGGUUGAAGAUGGCCGUGGCGCUGCUGGAGGAGUUCGGCCUGCCGCUGGGGCUCCUGCCGCUGGAGGACGUGACCGAGGUCGGGUUCGUGCGCGACACGGGGUACAUGUGGAUCAACCAGCGCAAGAAGGUGGAGCACAAGUUCAGCAAGAUCGGCAAGCAGGUGAGCUACGACGUGGAGAUCACCGGCUACAUCAAGCCCAAGGGCAUCAAGAAGCUCAAGGGCGUCAAGGCCAAGGAGCUUAUGCUCUGGCCGCCCGUCAACGAGAUGGCCGUCGACGACCCCCCCACCGGGAAGAUCCACUUCAAGAGCCUCGCCGGCGUCACCAAGACCUUCCCCGUCGACGCCUUCGCCGCCGGCCAGUAGGCCAAUAAACUUUUAUAAUAUACCGCUUCUAGUAUAAUCUUGCGUGUUCAUGCAUGCUCACACAUGUACGCGUGCGUGCACGUCGGAUGAGCUACUUAUAUUUGGUAGAUGAUGUCUAAAUUUUCCUUGAAAUAUGAUGAAAUAAAGCCAAAAUUAAUA